UUAAAACCAGCGGCGGAACCAUGGGAAGGCCACACUAGGCCCGGGCGCAACCUUCCUCCGCAUGGUGACAAUACCCAGCUCCUCCCAAAUUCAAAGCCCAUCUCUGUGACUCAAUUAGGGCCCAGCCAUCUCUCGCUGCCUCCCAAACCAAAACCCCAAAACUCGAUUUCCCUUCCCCUCUAAUUCUUUCCCUGCGCCAACAUAAGUAAAAUGAAAAAGGGUUAAUAUCCUAGUUUGACCCGAAGUUUGGCGUAAGUGACAGUUAUGGUCCCAUUUCGCAAAUAAGACAUUUAUGGCCUUCUUUUAAAACUAUUGGACAAAUUUGGCCCAAAAUUUUCUCUGACCGUUAAUAUUGACGGUCAAACACUAUUCCGUUAGUGACUCAGCAAACAACCACUGAUGUGGCAUGCCACAUUAUUAAAUAAUAUUAUUUUAAUUUAAUUAAAAUAACAUUAAGAAAUUCCCUUUUAUUAUCCCAAAAUUUUCAUAGCCCCAAAUCCAAACAAUAAUUCCCUAAACUAAAUUUUUGUAAAAAAAAAAUUCACUAAACUAAAUCAGCAUCAACGCCGCCCCCCCUCCUCCUUUCUCUUCUUCACCGAAUCCCUCUCUUCCAUCUAACUGCAUUCUCCACAACCAUUCCCCUCUCCAACCCACCAUUAAAAAACAAUGGCCAAGAUCUCCGAUCAUUCCCUCUCCCCAACAACAGCAUGCCACGACCGCCGCCGCUUGUCCCAAGGAGAAGAGGCGGUGGAGCUUCGUCAAGUCCUAAUGAGAAAAGGACCACCUCGGCAGCGCCUCCGUCCGCGGUCUCGGCCAAGGUACUGCAGGGAGAUCGCGAUGGUUCCUCUUCCGCCUCCGUGAUUCUCCGACGGAUUUCGGUCGCAGAUGACUACGACGCCGACGAGGGCUGUCGCGAGGAAGAGGAGGAUCCGAGCGAACUAUCUCCAUGGUGACGGCGGUGGUGACAACGAAGGUGGUGGAGGCCGCGGUUGCCACUGCAAACGCCGCCGCGAUGGUCGUCUGGCUUACCAGCAGUGGGAGGAAGGAAAUAGAAUUGAGAGGGAUCAGUGAAGAAGAGGAAGGAGGAGGGAGGCGCCUCUUGUUGAUGUUGAUUUAGGGAAUUAGGGUUUGGAUUUGGGGCUUUGGGGAUUUUGGGAUAAUGAAGGGAUUUUCUUAUUUUUUAUUUUAAUUAAAUUAUAAAAUUAAAUUAACAUUAUUUACUUACGUGACAUGCCACAUCAGUGGUUGUUUGCUGAGUCACUAAUGAAAUAGUGUUUGACCGUUAAUAUUAAUGGUCAAAGAAAAUUUUGGACCAAAUUUUGGACGAGUCUAUGGGAUGAAGCGAGUGGGGAUGAAUCGAAGCAAUUGGUUGAUGAUGAAUCAUUCAGGGUGAUCACAUGAAGCUCUCAUGCGUGAAUAGGUGUCAAUCGGGCGGGUUCGGGCUGGGUUCAAUCGGGUUGCGGGUUAGUCGGGUUGCGGGUUCAUCGGUGUAACACCCUACCCUAUACGUUUUGCCUAAUCAUAUUGUUCAUACAAUUGCAGCGGAAUUAAACUUGGGUGUUACAUUAAUUAUCAAAAUUUACCCAAAUAAAAUUUCGACAUGAAUUACUCGCGUAAUGGGCUAACAGUUCUUGCAACUUAUCCUGCAAAAUAAUUCAUAUGAAUCCCUUCAUUCGUAGACAUACAAAUAUAGUCAUAACCUUAUACAUUUCUUCUCAUAGCCAUAGGCACAGUUUCAUACUCCGCAACUGUAUACCUUACUAAUACAUGUCAUAGUCGUCACAACUUACACAGUUACACAACAUAUACACAUAUCAUCAACUUUCCACACCUGUGGAUAUCUCACACUACAUCAGAAGCUAGUAUGCACAUGAAAAACGUUCUCAAAACAUUUUUACAAAAAGGUGUGGAUCACUGGCCAAAAUCCCGAGUAGUAGUCCAAGCACAGAGUAGUUGAAGACCAUACCUCAUCUUGCAUCAACUCUUGCUCAGCUCCACCUAUACACCUAUCUACUGCUGCUGCUGAUGAUCUGCUUACACAUAGCAUAAGCAGAGAAGAAGAAUAAAAGAGGGUCAGCUCAUAGCUGAGUGAGAUAAUCAUAGCAUCGUGAGUUCAUAACAGAGCAUACCCCUACCAUACAUCUAGCAAACAAGCCAAAACACUAGGAUCGGACCUCAGCCAUCCUCAUAUCCCAAUAGGCAAAAGACUCAACCACCUUGACUUAUGCAUAUGCAUCUUAUCAUGUUUUACUCAUAGGCGCCUGGUUACUCCCAUGCUAAUAACUCUCCCGGGAAACAUACCCCACAUCCCGUCGGAUGUAGUCAUACAUACCCCAACAUCUCGUCGGAUGUGGUCAUACAUACCCCACACCACUAUGGGUGUAGUCAUACCCCGACACCGCUCUGGGUGUGGUCAUAUCUCAUAAGAAUUCUUCAGUCACCACCACAUGAGAGGUGUGACUAUCAUACAUAUCAUAAUAGAGUAAUAGCAUAGGG